UGAGUAACAACUAAACUGACUUAAAGUUGUUUCCAGUCUUGUAUUUUUACUAGUAAAGUGAUUGCUGUGAUUAAUAUCAUAAUUCUUUGUGUCACUAGUGUUUAAUUCGCAGGUGUAAUAUAAUGGACAAAAUUCCAGACCAAAUUGGUUAUUUGGUACUCGCGGAGGAUGGUGCAGUCCUUGAAUCUGGUGGAGAUCUUGAGAACGAUGAACGUGUUGCCACGAUAAUUACUGAUCUCAUCACGUUAUCUAACAAAGUUGAUCCGUGUGCCUUUUCACCAAAUGAAAAGUUCAAGAAAAUAUCCAUCACUUACGAUGACCAUUGGUUCGUUAUAUGUCUAUCAAAUAAGAAGAUUUAUGUGGUAAAGAGAAGCAUACCAUUAGCAGUGUCAGAGGGAAAUACUGUCAAUGUUUGAAGUUUUCUAAGUUAUCAAUAUGGCUCGUAAUUUAUUAAU